AUGCCAGCCGGCAAGCCUCGUGUGAAAGUCGCAUGCACGUUGUGCCACUCUCGAAGAGUAAAGUGCGAUCGAACAGAGGAGGUUGCCUGUACGAAUUGCCGCCUUGCUGGUCAGGACUGCCAGUCUAUUAUUUCACAGCGCGGAAAGUACAAACGACGCCGUACUGAGCCAGGACUCGUUCAGCCGUCUCAACUACCGGUGAAUGGCGACGGUUCAGCUCACUAUGUUUCUGAAGAUACCCCCGUUGUCAAUUUACAACCCGCUCCGUCAACUGUUCAAGAGGUGUCAGGGCUCACCAUGACAUCCGGCACAGUGCCGGAAAUGGCUACUGGUACUUCAUUCUCAGGAUCCUCCGAGCUGAGCACUGCAGGACGCGAAAGUGAGAUGCUUUAUUAUGGAGAUGCCUUCAAUUUGAGUUAUGUGUUCAAUGAGAUGUGCAAUCCAUUCGAUAAACCCUUAGACAAAUGCUCCCCCGAAGAAAGCAUUGAAACGGCUAAAGCCUUGUACGAUGCGAACUAUGAGUCGGAUGCCAUCGUUAAUCUUCAGGCCUGGUGGGGGACUCCAACUGAACAAAAGUAUACAUGGCAUUGGAUGGGCAUUGCCACGAGCCUUGCACAGUCCUUGGAGCUCCAUCGAUCGAAGGCGUACACCAGCCUAAGUAGAAGGCAGCAGAAAUUCAGGAAAAGAUUAUGGUGGGGGAUAUACAUAUAUGAUAUCCUCGAAGCACUGAUACUCGGCCAAACACCUCAUAUUAAUGACGACUAUUGUGAUGUCCCAAAACUCAACGAGGAUGACCUCACUGAGGAUGAUGAAGAGGCUAUUAAUCUGUGCAUGCUUGGAAAUUCAACCGCGGAGUCCAAGCUAUAUUUACUUUAUCUGGCGGACCUUGUCUCAAAAGCUUUUGAGGCUGCCGUCAAAAUCGUGCGAAUCUUGGAAGACUUGCUUUCGGUUAAUGCCCUAGCGUUCUCACCUCUCCAUAUAAAUCGGGAUCCUGUUUUUGUCUCGCAAGCUGCGACAUCCAACCCCUUUGCUUCUUCCCAAUACAGCCUAAAUUCAGAGGUGAAGUCCAGCGAUAUCCCCAUCGAUAUACUUUCCACGGCCAACACAACUACGCAAACCAUCGAUCCGUUUACAAUGGCGAGUUUGCCAGUUGGUAGUCUACUAAUGAAUGCAGAUUUUGGGAUGGACGCAUCGCUAUUUUUUCAGGAAGACGAUGAUGGUUGA